AUGUUUAGCAAAACGUGGCGAGUACAUUCAAUAUUUACAAAUAUUAAUAUUACUAAAAGAGGGAUACACGAUUUUCGAUUAUUAAGUAUAGUAGCCUUAUUAUUGACUGUUGAUAUUCUACUACUAAUUGUUUGGCAAAUACUUGAUCCACUACAUCGUGAACUUAUUUAUGAAACACCUUAUAGACUAAAGUUUAAACAAGAUAUUGAAAUAGUGCCGUAUAGAGAAGAUUGUAGAAGUUUCAAUUUACCGUUGUGGUUCGUACUUGUGGUGUUGUAUAAAGGCUUAUUAAUGAUUUAUGGUUCAUUUCUUGCAUGGAAGACACGUCAUGUUUCUAUACCAGCGUUAAACGAUUCAAAAUAUAUUGGAAUUAGUGUAUACAUCUUUUUAAUUUCCUGUAUUCUCGGUGCUCUUGUCGGCUUUGUUCCUCCUAAACAAGUUGAACUUUCAUAUAUUUUAACAUCAUUAUUUAUUAUUGUUUGUACCACAUCUACUCAAUGUUUAGUUUUUGUUCCUAAAGUUAUUGAAGUAUACAGAGAUCCAAAUUCACAUGCAAAACAACCACGACCGACUAUUAAACAGUUAAACACUAAAUCAAAAUAUCAGAACGAGACGAAAAUACCGUUUCAAUAUUUAAAUUCAUUAGCAAAUGAAAAUAAACAGUAUAAAAUGAUUUUAACAAUGCAAAACAACAUGUUAGAACAAUUACUUACACAAUUUGACGAUACUGAUGAAAACAUCAAUUAUAAAAAAAGUCUUGGUACUUUAGAAUAUGAUGAAACUAUCGAUAUUGAACCAUAUGAACUAGAUACUUUGCUGAAAGUGAACAAUGAAAAUAAUCAAUGUCACCUAUCAGAUGAUGAACAAAACAUUUUAUCAUCAACAGCAGAUAUACGUCGAAAAGUCUCACGAGCACUAUCAUUAUGUAUUCUGAGUAAAAUUGAUAUUGAACAAAUAAAUGAUCAUCACGCAACGAACGCAAAUUCCCGUCAUUCAAUACAAUCUCAACAACAACCAACAACAAAUCAUUGGAGAUAUUUGAACUCUAAACAAUGUAAUAAUAAUUAUUUUGUUCGCAACGCAUCAGAUCUAUCGAAUGCAACCACAUAUCAGCCCACAGUUAAUUCUGUUAUCGUUGAAGCAAACGAUGAAGAUGAAUCAAUGACGAAUUUAUUAAAUUAUUUGAAUCAAAAUCAUUUAGAUGAUUUACUCGAAACUGAUAUUAUAUCGAGUUCGCAAAAUUCAAAUAGUGAUAUACAUUAG